AUGCUGCGCAACAACAUCUCCACUCAGCUGAGCUCCCUGACUGACUGGUCCGUCCAACAUAUUCAGGACAUCUUUGAGUCCAUCAGCGACGAAGCCGCAUUGCGCGCAGUCGAGAACACAUUUUCAGACGAUUUAAUCGCGACUGUCAAUGGCGCCCGAAUAAACAAACGAGGGAUCAAACAACUUGUCCUCGCUCUGCGUCAGUCAGCCUCUCGAUGUGGGCUCAAUGUGUACUGGCAGCACGCUGUUGAAGCGUCUCGAGAUCCGACGACCAACCGAGAUGGAUCAUUCGGCGGCGUAUAUAUCAUUCGUGGUAUACAAAAGGUACUUCCAGGAAACACGUACCCGACUGAGUUUGAGAGGCAUAAAACUGUAACAGCUACCAUUGAAUCCCAGUCGCCAGACUCAGCAAUAGACAGUCGCAAAAUCGUCAAUCUCGUAUUCGUCGCAUUAGACGUGCGAGUAGAUCGUCGGAAGCUGAGUCUGCUGAGACAAACAAGACAUCUUGAAGACAUCUUCAACAAGCAAAUGGCUAGCAGAUUUGAUCCAUAUCAACGCCGAAAAAACCCAAUCCGCGAUUUAUACACAGGCCAAAGGCGGCUGACACCCGACGAGAACGACUCUACGCCGAGCGAAUUUGAAGUUGUCAACCAUGAUGGGCAAAAUCCGCCGACCAAGUUCGAGGUCUGGGUCACUGCCCUAUGGAAGGACUUUGUAACCAACUCUCCGACGGUUGGAUGGGUCGCAACACACCUUGUUUUGCACUGUCCCAACACGAGGUCUGAAGUGCACAAGGUUCUAGACUGGCUUCUCGACGAGCAAACCGUACCUGAAAUUCGCAAAAUGGAAUGA